UGAAGAACCACAGAAGGCAAAAUGGAAGGAAGCAAUAGUGAUGAGUUGGAUACUCGGCUUCAAGCGCUGGAAAAGCGUGUGUAUGGUGAACGGAGGCAAAGUAAUAAGCCAGUUAAGUGUGUUGAAUCUUUGGCAAGGAUAAAUUCUGCCCUCGCAAACACAGCAAACAAGAGAGAACGUGUCAAGAUUCUUCACAAGAAAAUUGAAGAUCUGCUGAAGUAUAUAGAUCCACAAUUCACGGACUACAUUGCUGUGCCAGAUGCAAUGAAACUGGAGUUUAUCUUAGCAGAGGAGGACUUCUUGCGCUCCCAGGCUGCUUUGCUUGAGCAGGUGAAUACCCUGCAGCCUCUGCUGGAUAGUCCGCAUAUUAAAGCUGUUCCAGAGCUAUCUACCAAAGUGCAACGUCUGUCUCAAAUUCACAUCAGUCAGCAGGACCAAAAUGAAGCGUUAUCUGCAGAUGUGAAAAGGCUGUUUGAAGAAUACAACAAAAUGAUGUUUCUGUUGUCUAAACAGUUUACCCAGUGGGAUGAAACCCUGAGGAAGCUGGAAGCACCCAAACAAGUCCAACUAACUGAUUAGUAAAUUAAAGCUUAAUUUUAGACACCAAGUUAUUCAUGCCAUUUUUCUUCUUGUGUUGUACAUAUGUUCCUUAUUAGCUUAUGAUGAUUUUGCAACUGUUUAACAUUAUUUUCAAUGAUGUAUUGCACCUAAAGCAUGCAGUCAUUGAUGUACCCUACAUUAUUAGCUUGAGUAAUAAAGUAUAAAUAUUAUCCCCUUAUGUUGUCAUUUCAUAUUUAUUAUAUACUACUUGUGUAUUAAUAAAUUGCUCCAAAUGGCUAAUAUGAAAUGCUACAUAGGUAUGCUUAAAGGUCUUGUAUUAAAAGUUGCAUUAAAUAUUUCUUUUCACAUC